CUUGAAGCCAUUCUCAAUUUCGCUCACGGGAAGUGUGGACUGAAGCGUGAAGGCCACUGUUGUCUGGAUGGAAUCUCUGAUUGCUUGGUUUAUUGCACUGAGUGUGCUGUCUCAGAACAUUUUGCUUUCUGAGACUGCUCAUCUUAAAAUUGGUGUUCCAGAAAACUAUGAUGGUAUUUUCCCAUGGUACCUCACCAAGUUGCCAGAUCUCCCCCUGACCUAUUCUGAUCUGACUGUAAGUGGUGACGAUGAAGGAAUUUUUGGGGUGGAGUCAGGCUUCCUGUACGCCCUUAAACCUCUGGACAGAGAGAAGCAGCCAUCUUACUCUUUGCAGGUGUCCUUCACAAAGUCCAUAAACACUCAGAGCUUUACUGUCGAGGUGUGUGUCAUCGAUAAGAACGACAACGUGCCAGUGUUCUUGGAAGAGAGCAUGAGAGGCAGCGUGCAGCUGGGGCUUCUCAAAGGAAUUCCGUUCAUGCAGGUGGAAGCACUAGACCGAGAUGACCGAAACACCGCCCACGCGGACCUGCGCUUCAGUCUUCUGGACCAGAUACCACGCAUCCCUGCCAGCCACAUGUUCUCCAUCAAUUCCAUCACUGGAGAAGUGUCCCUUACAGAGGAUGGUGCCUCAACUCUAGAUCCAGAGAUGUGUGGCCGCUACAAGCUGUCUGUGAUGGUGCAGGACAUGGCCGGCAAGGCCAACGCUUUCUUCUCCACUGGAACUGUGUUAGUGGAGGUGACUGGGAACGCGUGGGCCUCACCUGACCCUGUGAGACUGCAGGAGAAUCUGCCUGGACCAUAUCCAAUCCCAAUCUCACAGGUGAAGUGGAGUGGCAGUCCAGUUGAGUAUAGUCUUGAGGGAGAGUUUCCAGAAAUGCUUUUCACUAUCAACAGGGAAGGAAUCAUUUACCUGAAUGCUCCUCUGGACAGAGAAACACAGGACCAGUUUCAUAUUAACAUAGUGGUAGAGAGGCCAGAUGGCAGAGAGAUUGCUAAGCCUGUGGAGCUGCGAGUGAUGGUGGGGGACGCCAAUGACAAUAGGCCCACGUUCCCACAGAUGCAGUACCACACGGUGGUCAAGGAGCUUGCGACUAAAGGUACAGAGAUUCUCACAGUCCAAGCAGCUGACAACGACGAUCCGAAAACCGAUAACGUGCGGAUAUUUUAUCGGCUGGUGGGCCAGAUGCCUGAGACUCCCCGGAAUUUGUUCCGUGUGGACCGGGACUCGGGAGUGAUCACAGUGCAGGCGGACAGCAUGGAGGGCACCGCUCCACAGUACACACUCACCAUCACGGCAGAGGACGCUAAAGGGUUGAACAGCUCCUGCACUGUCAUAGUCAAAGUUCUGGAUGAAAACAACAACCCACCAAUCUUUUCCCAUCAUGAGUAUGGACCCUUCCACCUGGCUGAGGAUUCCUCAGUGGGCACCACAGUCACUGUAGUGUCGGCAUGGGAUGCGGAUGAGUGGGGUGGGGACAGCUGGCAGGUGGACUACAGACUUGAAUCUGGGAAUGAGGAGGAGGUCUUUACUCUAGUGACUGACAGACAGACCAAUGAAGCUGCCCUCAUCCUUGAUAAGGUGCUGGACUUUGAGCGGGAGAAUGAGUAUAUACUGGUACUGAGCGCUCAGAACCCAGUUGCUCUGGUCCGAGGAAGGUACGGACCAGCAUCCACAGCAACUGUCACCAUUUUUAUCGAUGACAUCAAUGAAGGCCCCGUUUUGUCUCAAAGCCAUUAUGAAGUCACUGUCAGAGAAGGGGAGGAGCCAGGACGUGUUAUUGCCACAAUCAGAGGUUAUGAGUUUCUUUUGUAUUCACUGAGAGGAGACACUAAGAAAUAUUUCUCCAUUGGGAAGUACUCCGGAGAGCUCAAGACGGUCCAAGCUUUGGACAGAGAGGAGAACAGCACCUACACCAUGGAGGUGGUAGCUGAAGAUGGGCGUAAUUCCUCUUUGUCGGCCUCCACGCUGGUGACAGUGCACAUUCUGGAUGUAAAUGACAACAGCCCUGUUCUGGUGGGCGAUUACUCCUGGAAGUACCUGUGCACACCUCGCUGGGAGGAUCAGGCUCUGGUUCUGGCCUCUCGGGACAGCGAUGGGCCCCAGCAUGGAGGAAGGCUCAACUUCUCCCUCCGCAGUGACGCCACUGUCCGCCGCAACUGGAAGCUCACUCCCAUCAAUGACACUCACACCAACCUGUCUUUGAAUGUCCCAUACCUGCCUCCAGAGGUUUACAUUGUACCUUUUACCAUCUCAGACAGCAGCUCUCCACCCAGAAGCACAUUCAUCAAUCUGCCAGUGACAGUUUGCCCAUGCAAUGUGAGGGGGAACUGUAGAACAGCACCAAAACAGCUUCAGGGCAUGCCCACUAUUCAGUCAACAGUGGGCAUCCUGCUCGGAACUCUGGGAGUUAUAGGCGUUAUACUGAUUGUUAUUUUUGUGAGACUGUCCUACCAGAAUUCAACACCACCAAACAAAGGCUGCCAGGAACGAGUGCCACUUAAAGUCUCUCUCUAACUUCUGAGCGUUCUAGACCAUUCAGUCAUUUGGUCACUACAGUUUUAAAAAGUGACAUCAACUCAUUGAAGGAUUUCUCUGUUUAAAGUCAAGUUUGCUUACUUUUGAUACAAUACAUUUUUGGUUUUAGUGAAAAGUAACUUAUUAGACAAUAUAUG